AUGGCACCUUAUGAGGCUCUGUAUGGCAGACGAUGUCAAACUCCGUUAUGCUGGUAUCAAGAUGGUGAAUCAGUUUUAAUAGGACCUGAGCUACUACAACAAACCACCAACAAAGUAAAAUUGAUACGGGAAAGAAUGAAGGCUUCUCAGAGUAGACAAAAAUCGUAUGCAGAUCAAAGGAGGAGACCAUUAGAGUUUGCGGCUGGGGACCAUGUUUUUCUGCGAGUAACUUCAACCACGGGUGUUGGAAGAGCACUUCGCUCCAGGAAACUUUCUCCUAAGUUCAUUGGUCCAUACCAAAUUUUGAGACGAAUUGGGCUAGUCGCUUACGAGAUUGCGCUACCCCCUCAAUUGGCCAAUCUUCAUUCAGUUUUUCAUGUCUCCCAGCUAAGAAAGUAUGUACCUGACCCUUCUCACAUUAUAGAAAUAGAGGAGAUUCAAAUCCGAGAGGACCUCUCAGUAGAAGUACAACCUGUUUGUAUAGAAGAUACUAAAACAAAGGAACUUAGAGGAAAAACUAUUAAUUUAGUCAGGGUAGUUUGGGAUAAGAGGACAGGUGACUCUACAUGGGAACUAGAAGAAGAGAUGAAGCAAUUAUAUCCUCAACUAUUUUCUUGA